AUGGCCGCCGAGACCCAAACAACGCCUGCACUGCCGAGACUGGACGCGAACCAAGGCUGCAGUUUCGCCGUCCCCGCGAAACGCAUCAAUGAUGGCGAAGACGUCACUUUCUUCCUCGCCAGCAGGGCCUAUGCCGACUUGAUGACUUUCAUAUUCCAGCUCAACACGGCCAUGGUACCAAGACGCCAGCCCGACUCUUCUCCCGCAAAAGAAUGGACCUUGAAUGAUACCGACGUCACUUUCCCUCCCAUUGUGCAAAACCUCGCCAAGCUCAUAUCAACUCUAGCCUGCAUCAUCGACGAAGCGCCUCCAGACCCCGGUCCACGCAGAUUCGGAAACGUAAGCUUUCGGAAAUGGUACGACAUGGUUCGGGAGCGCGUGCCGCAGUUACUGGAAGAUUGCCUACCAAAGGACGUACUCGACUUCAAGAGCACAUCCGAAACCCGUGCAAGCGAAGAGCUAGAAGCGUAUCUCAACGGCAGUUUCGGCAGUUCUCAGCGCCUCGACUACGGUACUGGCCAUGAACUCAGCUUCCUCGCUUUCCUCGGCAGCCUGUGGAAACUCGGUGCAUUCCCAGCUUCCAAAGAUGGAGAUAUUGAGCGCGCCAUAGUCCUAGGUGUUGUCGAACCAUAUCUAGUCUUAAUCCGACGCCUGAUUCUCACCUACACUCUGGAGCCCGCGGGAUCGCACGGAGUAUGGGGGCUCGACGACCACGCAUUUCUGCCUUACAUACUCGGAAGUGCGCAGUUUUCGCCCGCCAUCACCACCCCUGCGGAUGUUGUUACAGAAGGCUCGUUGCCCAGCGCCCCGGAUCCCGCAGACGUUGCCAAAACACCCGCCGUUGAAAGAGAGAGGACCCGAAACAUGUAUUUCAGUGCCAUUGGCUUCAUCUACGACGUGAAAAAGGGUCCGUUCUGGGAGCACAGUCCAAUCCUCUACGACAUCUCCGGCGUCAAGGCGGGAUGGGCCAAGAUCAACAAACUCGACUGUGCCGAGCUCAACUUCGUCAACGAGUGCUUACUCGAGCCCGAGACCGCAACCAGCUCCACUCAGGGAUCCCAUGGCCGAUAUAGGUUCUGCUGUGACGGCGGCCCCGUGGGCGAAACCUGCUGGGCCGAAUGUCCCGAGUGGUCCAAAUCAACCUACGAGAGCGCCAUGGGCGGGUCGUACGCCUGCGCCUCCGCCUCCGCCGCCUGGAGGAGGAACGGCGGCCCCGUGGGCAACAGGUGCACCACCUGGCGGUGA